AUGUUCCCCAAACUCCUCACCACCACCCUUGCGGUCCUCCUCCUCCUCACUUUCUCCCCUCUCGGCGCCCUCUCGGCCCCUACUACAGCGCCAAAACCCCGCUGGUUCGAAACUUAUUCUCAUGUUGCCCGCCGCGCGAUAGUGCCUCAGUCGUAUUAUGAGGUGCUGCAUAUCCGGAGACAGCAGUACGCCCUUGCCAAUCCAAGGUCUAUAGUCAAGGAUGUUGUCUGCCUGGACAGAAAGGCGCAUAUUGUUGCUCAUGACGAAGCCGCUGCCUCGCUCCAGAUUUGCAACGGGAGUAUAGCUGGCACGGGCAGAGGUCAGUACUGCCAGGACGGGCUGAAGGCAACAGAAGCAAAGGUCGGGACGGCAGUUUUUCGGCUGAAGAGCGUGAACGAGAGGCAGAGUAUCAAUGUUAGUAGGGAGAGGUGGCAAAUGUGUGUGCAGGCGGCUAGGGAGGCUUGUCCUACGGGCGGGUUGAGAGGGGUUUGUCUUGGGGCGGCGAGGUGGGGUGGGAGUGUUGGGUUUGAGUUGGGGAAUGCUUGA